GGCAGCGUUCGGAUGUGUUCCCAUAUAAAAGCAAACGACGAUAUAGAAAAGUGAUCAGUUCAUGUUGCGAUAUCUUCACGAUUCAACAAACUCUGCUCCUCCAUAGAGAGAGAAGCGUCGUCGUUCACCGCGAUUUGAAUUUCGAUUUGGACAAACAAAUAUUGUUAUUUGUGUUUCUUGAUAAAAAUAAAGGAUUCUUAAUCCUUCAAAAAAUUAAAAAAAAAAAACAAACAAACAAUUGUGCAACAAAAUACAAAGUGUUUUAAAAUUCAAAAAAAAAAAAUAAGUGAGAAAAAUGGGACUGGAACUAACCGUAGUCCUUACAGGAACAAUUUUAAUCAUCUUCCUUUAUUUGUACCUCCGUAUUGUUUACGAGUGCAUUCGAAAAGUUCAUAUUACAAAAAUCCAACAACCUAAUAAAAAAUCACUCACUGCAGCCGUUGCCGCAGCCACCAAUAAAACAUGUGACCUAAAUAAAAUAUCACCCAUCAGCGUCACGAAGACAACGAUGACAGCGCCACCGACAACGACAACGCAAACAAUGACGAUGACAUUGAAACAAGCCCCAGGGCCAUUGCCAUGGCCAGUUUUAGGAAAUUUAGCAUUGUUAGGACAAUACGCUGUGCCAUUUCAAGGAUUCACCGAAUUAGCUAAGCAAUUUGGCGACGUUUAUUCACUGACACUGGGCACAACACGCUGCUUGGUGGUUAAUAAUUUGGAAUUGAUUCGUGAGGUGCUUAAUCAGAAUGGAAAAUAUUUUGGCGGACGACCGGACUUUUUACGAUUCCAUAAACUUUUCGGAGGCAAUCGCAAUAAUUCUCUAGCCUUGUGCGAUUGGUCACAGCUGCAACAAAAACGUCGCAACUUGGCUCGCAAACACUGCUCACCACGUGACGCUUCAGCUUAUUACUCAAAAAUGAGUGAAGUUGGUUGCUUUGAAAUUGAAGAAUUCAUGGCUCGCCUUGAACAAAUUAUCAUCCCGGGACAAGACUACCAAUUCAAGCCUCUUAUUCAACAGACUUGUGCCAAUUUGUUCAUAAAAUACAUGUGCUCAAUUCGAUUUGAUUAUGACGAUGUAAAAUUCCAAGGAAUCGUAAGAUCAUUUGAUGAAAUCUUUUGGGAAAUCAACCAAGGUUAUGCUGUGGAUUUUCUACCAUGGCUGGUGCCAUUCUAUUCGGGACACAUGAAGAAAAUAGUCAAUUGGUCGACGAUGAUACGUAAAUUUAUCUUAGAACGGAUUAUUAACGAACGUGAACGUCAUAUUGAUGUCGAUAAACCGGAAGUUGAUUUUACUGAUGCUUUGCUCAAGGUCUUGGCUGAGGAUGGUGACGUUGAGAGGGAAACUAUUAUUUUUAUGUUGGAAGAUUUUAUUGGCGGUCAUUCGGCUGUGGGGAAUUUGGUGACACUUGCUCUGGCUUAUAUUCUCCGGAACCCUGAAGUCGCGGAAAAAAUUCAAAAUGAAGUCGAUUCGAUAGCCGGAAGUGAAAAUAGGAGAGUCACCAUGAUGGACAUGGAAAAUAUGCCGUACACAGUUGCUACAAUCUAUGAAGUUCUGCGCUACUGUUCGUCACCAAUUGUGCCUCAUGUGGCAACAGAAGAUGUUGCCAUUGCUGGUUACGGAGUGACAAAGGGAACAAUAGUCUUUGUCAAUAACUACGAAUUGAAUACAAGUGAGCGUUAUUGGAAUCAACCAGAGAAAUUUCUUCCUGAAAGAUUCAUUGAGCCAGUGUCACAAUCUCAAGCGAAACCAAACCAAACGUCAAAUCAGGUGCCAAAGUAUCAAAUUCGUAAGAACAUUCCACAUUUUUUGCCCUUCAGCAUCGGCAAACGGACUUGCAUCGGACAAAAUCUCGUUAAAGGCUUUGGCUUUGUCAUGGUUGCCAACAUUUUACAAAAAUAUGACAUUUCAUGCAGUGACGUCAAUUCGAUAAAAACAUAUCCGGCAUGUGUAGCAGUUCCGCCGGAUACGUAUUCCAUGUGUCUUACGCCUAGAAAAAAUCGUUAAAUUAACUAAAUUAAAAGUUUUGUAUUUAUUUUUCGAUCAAUUCUGAGAUCGUGUAAACUUUAUGCUCGAAUUAAUGAUACCUAUAAUUUUAAUUGAAAUCAUUUCAGUAGAAAUGAAAUUUUAGUCAUUUAAAAUAUGAACAAAUUAAUAAUUUUGUAUGUUGUACAUAUAUGAAUAUAAUAUAGACGAGAGUGGCUUCCUAUAAUUUUCUUCAGGACACAUAGGGUUUAAUAUAGUUAUUUAAGUUAAAUUCUAUUUAAUUUUAAAUUAGUAAUAAUAAUCUACAACAAUAAGACUGCGUUUAAGAGAAAAUUG